CGCGCGCAACAGUUCCCCCAAAGUUGCCGCGCGGGAGGCGGGCGCGCCCGGGCGGCCGAGGGGCGGGCGGCGGGCCGGGGACGCGGCGUCGCGGCCGGGCGCGGGCAGUGCCGGCGGGCGGCGGCGGCAUGGGCACCCGGCAGACCAAGGGCAGCCUGGCGGAGAGAGCCAGCCCCGGCGCGGCGCCCGUCCCCCGCCGCGAGCGGCCCGACUUCUGGGCGUCGCUGCUGCUGCGCGCCGGGGACAAGGCGGGGCGCGCGGGCGCCGGCGCGGGGCUGCCCCCGUAUCACCGGCGCGUCGGCAUGGUCCAGGAGCUGCUGCGGAUGGUGCGCCAGGGCCGGCGGGAGGAGGCGGGGACGCUGCUGCAGCACCUGCGCCAGGACCUGGGCAUGGAGUCAACCUCUCUGGACGACGUUCUGUACCGCUACGCCAGCUUCCGGAACCUGGUGGACCCCAUCACACACGACCUCAUCAUCAGCCUGGCCCGUUACAUCCACUGCCCCAAGCCGCAUCGAAUUCACAGAAACAAGAACAUGAGGCAGAUCCUUUGGCAGCACUGCCCUCUACUAAGGGGGUCCCACCGUGAGCCGGCAGGACAGGCCUCUGAAGGCGACGCGCUGGGCGCCACGGAGAAGCUGUGCAGGCAGCUGACUUACCACCUCAGCCCCCACUCGCAGUGGAGGCGGCACCGGGGGCUGGUGAAGAGGAAGCCACAGGCCUGCCUCAAGGCUGUCCUGGCUGGGAGCCCUCCGGACAACACGGUGGACCUGUCGGGCAUCCCGCUGACCUCGCGGGACCUGGAGCGGGUGACCAGCUACCUGCAGCGCUGCGGGGAACAGGUGGACAGCGUGGAGCUGGGCUUCACCGGCCUCACGGACGACAUGGUCCGGCAGCUGCUGCCGGCGCUCAGCGCCCUGCCCCGCCUCGCCACGCUGGCACUCAACGGCAACCGGCUGACGCGGGCCCUGCUGCGUGACCUCACCGACACCCUCAAGGACCCCAGCAAGUUCCCCCACGUCACGUGGAUCGACCUGGGCAACAACGUGGACAUCUUCUCGUUGCCCCAGCCCUUCCUGCUCAGCUUGCGCAAGCGAUCCCCGAAGCAGGGCCACCUACCCACCAUCCUGGAGCUGGGCGAGGGCCCGGGCAGUGGGGAGGAGGCCCGGGAUGGGCCAGUGGGCCAGGAGGACCCUGGAGGCGGCCCUCAGGAUCCUGCUGAAGACCAUGAGGGCAGGGAGAACAUAGGCAGAGUUCAGACAUGACACAGACGUAGGGAGGCCUCCCCAGGGAGUCCUGGUGGAGUGAGAUGACUGAGGCAGGCUAGGGGGCCCCACUAGGGGCCUCAGGCUGUCCCCCAAAAUUGGCCAGGGCAGCCCCAGCCACGGGAGCCAGACUGUAGCAUCUGAAAGGGGGUUGUGUAACACUUCUCUUUGGUCUCCACUGCCCCCUUGCUAAUCUCCUCUGCUCCUGAGAAAUCAUCCUUGGCUCGAGAGGCAGAUUUGUGGGAGCAGUCUGUUUGGAGAUGCGGAAAGCUUGACCUAAUGUAAGAACUCCCCCCCAGGAACGGAGUGCAGUUCUGGCCCUACAUCUAACUUCCUAUUUCCUGAUAGAAAAUUUUUUUCCUAUUCUGGGAAGCAAACUCCAGCCAGAUGCUACCCUGAUAGCCCAGACGAGUGCCCCUGCUCAAGGCAGGUUGGAAUCUUUACCCUCAUGCCUGGCUGAAGGUGGGGGGUUGGGGCACUGGCUGCCCAGAGACUCCCAAGAGCCUAGUCUCCAUCUUGACUCCAGUAGGUUCUACCUCCUCCCUGUAAAGCCCUGGGGGCUCUAAGGAACCACUCCCAGUCUCCGCCUCCGUUUCUGAAGCCCGCACCUCCACUUGGGAUUCCAGGGCCCCACCCCAGGCCCAGCUACCCCAUACCCUUCAAGAGCAUCCCAGAAUGCCUACAAAUACCGGCAUGCAUAAAAAGGCCCACCCAGAAACCCUACACCAUAACCCCUGCCCCAAGCCAAAGUCUACCAGCCCUUCACUAGGGUUCAGUGUUGCUAGUGUGCAAGCCAGAGUACUGCCCCUUUAAAAGGAUCUUAAGGGUCUUUCUCAGAAUUUCUCAAAGUCCCCAAAGUAAUUCGUGAUAUGGAGCACACUCCCAAAACCUAUGGAGGACUCCUUAAAAAAACCCAAGACCAUGAGAUUAAACUUCAAACUCUUGGUGGAUCUACUGCCUCCCAAAAGUAGAGGUUCCCAAGGAGAGGAAGCAAAGGUUUUUUUUCACCCUCUCUUCUUACUCAAGGCCUACAAGCCUUCUAGGCACAAUAAGCCUAGACCCAAGGCAUAGACUUCAAGUCCAGGGAGAUAGGAAAACAGCCCUUUUAAGCUGGAAAAAAAGCCCAUAGAUGGUGACCAGACUGCUCGGGCAAAUGGCAGACAGCUGGGAAGCACGGCCUGACAGGCCUCCAGCCUCAUUGACAGGCAAGAUCCCAACUCAGGAAGGCAGCAAGAUGGGGGCGAGGUCAAGAACCAGACUAUGGCACCUUGCCUGCCACUGCUCAAAGGUUGGACUAAGCGUAGUUUCAGGAGGUGGAGGCUGUGCAAAAGGACGUGGCCCAAGGGCAACAGACUGGAAUCAAAGGUGUGGAUGCCUUAAAUGCUUUGGAACUUUCACCCUUAAAGUCUGAAGUUGUUACAGGAGAACAGCUUAGGCCGGACCAUACAGAUGUUGACAAAUGCCAAUACCCGGACUGCUCAUAUGUAACAGCAGUAAUCAAACUUUUCUCCAAAUACAUUUUUAAGAAUCAAUACUAAAAACCA